ACUACAGGGCAACUGUGAUUGCGGAGAUCAAAUGAUAUCAAAGUGACAUUGCUUUCCUGAUACCUUUAGACAUCAUUUCGUUCGUGAGACCUUAAUUUAUCUCUUUCAUUGUGAGCACUCAAAGGAAGCAAAACAACAACGGAGUUUGAUUAUAAUCAGGGUCCAGGAAUAACUUGAUAGACUUUGAAAUGGAACUUCUGAAUUGAUAACAAUAAGUGAUCAGUAGAAUUCGAGAUUAUAGCACAGAACGUCAGAAUAGAAAACACAUCACAAGAUACAAGGCUGACCAGUUCACGAUAAAUUCUGAUGUGGACAAAAACCUUUUUUCAGUCGGUCCGCUGAUGCUGGAAUAGGCUAUUAUCAAAACCUGCACUUGGAUAAUAGAGAAUUCGAGGGACAUAUUUUUUUCCUCUUGCCAUAUAUCAACUGCCUCAUUUUAGAAGUUGCACAUAUAGCUACUCAUUUGGCAUUGCCAGCUAAGACAGUAUCAGCGACGUUAUACACUACGGGAACUUCAGAAUGGAUCGUGAGACAAAAACAAUUAAUUUCAUACUCGGAUUAUUUCUCCAUGUUCUCAUUUCAAGCUCCAGUGCAGAGGAUGGGCCGACUGGUAACUGCGAUGUUGACAUGUGGUACGAGGCCAUGAAUCGGACAGAGGGUGUAUUCUUGAAAGCCAUGACCCCGGGACAAAAAAUGAUCAAGGAACAAAUAGAAAAACUUGUGACACCAGUGGGAAAGACUAGUCGAGGGAUAAAGAUGCCUUGCUCUAUGUUGUAUAAGUUUACUACGAUUCUGAAUCCAGAGAUGGAUACGACUAAAAAAGAUGUUUUGUUUAUGUUUAUUAUGAGUGAUGACGCUAAGGUGAAAGGUAGUGAUGGGGAGAAGGGUAAUGAAAUAAAAGAAUCAGUCGAUGACAAAGGUGAUGAAAAUAAAGAAAUAGAUGAGCCAUUAGAUCAGAAAGAUGACGAAAAGAAAGAAAAGGAAGAAUCAUCAGAUAAGGAAGAUGGCAAAAAGAAGGAAAAAGAAGAAUUAUCGGACAAGGAAGUUGACGAAAAGAAGGAAAAAGAAGGGCUAUCAGAUAAGCAAGAUGACGAAAAGAAAGAAAAAAAGAAGUCAUCAGAUAAGACAGGUGACGAAAAGAAGGAAAAGGAGAAGUCAUCAGAUGAGAAGGAUGACGUAGAGAAGGAAAAGGAAGAGCCAUCAGAUAAGAAGGAUGACGAAAAGGUGGAAAAGGAGAAGUCAUCAGAUGAGAAGGAUGACGUAGAGAAGGAAAAGGAAGAGCCAUCAGAUAAGAAGGAUGACGAAAAGGAGGAAAAGGAGAAGUCAUCAGAUGAGGAGGAUGACGUAGAGAAGGAAAAGGAAGAGCCAUCAGAUAAGAAGGAUGACGUAGAUAAGGAAAAGGAAGAGCCAUCAGAUCAGAAAGAUGACGAAAAGGAGGAAAAGGAGAAGUCAUCAGAUGAGAAGGACGACGUAGAGAAGGAAAAGGAAGAGGCAUCAGAUAAGAAGGAUGACGUAGAUAAGGAAAAGGAAGAGCCAUCAGAUCAGAAAGAUGACGAAAAGGAGGAAAAGGAGAAGUCAUCAGAUGAGAAGGACGACGUAGAGAAGGAAAAGGAAGAGCCAUCAGAUAAGAAGGAUGACGUAGAUAAGGAAAAGGAAGAGCCAUCAGAUCAGAAAGAUGACGAAAAGGAGGAAAAGGAGAAGUCAUCAGAUGAGAAGGAUGACGUAGAGAAGGAAAAGGAAGAGCCAUCAGAUAAACAAGAUGACGAAAAGGAGGAAAAAGAAGAAUCCUCCUCUGAGAAAGUUGACGGAAAGAAGGAAAAGAAAGAAUCAUCAGAUAAGAAAGAGACUGGGAAGAAGGAAAACGAAGAUUCAUCAGAUAACAAAGAUACCAUAAAGAAAGAAAAAGAAGAAUUGUCAGAUGGGAAAGAUGCUAAAAAGAAGGAAAAGGAAGAAUCAUCAGAGAAGAAAGUUGACGAAAACAAGGAAGGAGAAAAGUCAUCAGAUAAAAAAGUGGACGAAAAGAAGGAAAAAGAAGAAUCGAUAGCUGACGAAAACAAGGAAAAGGAAGAAUCAUCAGAGAAGAGCGAUGACGAAAACAAGGAGGGAGAUUCAGAAAUAAUGAGGUCGCCCGAAAAAGCUGCUGACGAAAAGAAGGCUGAUGAUAAGUCGGAAGAUGGACCAUCCGAUGCCACUGAUAUGACGGAUUUGGAUGAUGCAGAAACAGAAGAAAGUGUGCACGAGGGAAUAAAUGAUACACCGAAGACCGACCCAGAAGGAGAGGACAAAGGAAAGGAGGGUGGAACAGAGAAAAAGAAGGAGGAGAAACUAUCCGAUGCUCUUGAAGAAAUGCUUAGCGAUGCUCAUUUCUGCCACUCUCUGGUUCACUAUUUGCACAUAUUUUAUCUGAAAGAAUCAGAACUGAAGGAAAUAUCGCCGGGAAAUUCUCUGAUGGAAAAGGUCACGCGGGAAUGUCUUAUGUGUGGGGAUAACCCAGAAUUCGAUUGGCUCUGCGCUCAGAUGACGGUUAUCCAUAAACUUUACACGGCUGACAUUAAUGAUGGUCGGAAGAAGACAGAGCGAGCUAUGAAGGAAAAGGACAAGGAAGAAGGGAGAGGCUUCAUGGAGAGGAUCGCGGACACUAUAGAUGAUUUGUUAGACUUUACCAAAUCGGAUCCGGAUACUGAGGAAGAAAAGAAAACGACUGAUGAAAAUGGACGACCUGUUCCCAAGGAAGACACGGAUGAUGCGAAGCAGUUAAAUAAAGAAGGAGAGACUGUGGAAACCAGGACACGGAUGAAGUCAGACGGUGCUGCCACGGAAACAGACUCACAGGCACUGCUGCGUGAGGAAAAGCUACGGAUUAUUGAGCAAAAGAAAAUCCGAGAACUUUCAGAGGCGCUUGAAAACACUCAAGUGCGAAUGGGCGAAAAGACUCAAACACACGAGAGAAAGAUUGCUCAGCUCGAAAUAGAGAUUUUAAAAGUACAGAACAAACUCUUGACGGCGACGCUGAAUAAGAGCAAUGAUACUGCUACUUUUAAUAAGCUAGAGAAUUAUAUUAUAAAACUUGAAAAUGAGAUUUUAAGGAUGAACAUCAGUUUCUUUAAUUUAAAGAAGGAGAAUGAACACUUGAAAAAGAAAAGUCAACAGUUUUUGAUGUUGGAGGAUAAGCAAGCCAAGCAGAAGGAGCAGGAGACGAGCAAAUCAUUGGAAGUUCUCCAGAAACAGCAGGAUAGGAUUAAGCAGCUGUUUUCUAUGCUCAAUGGCCAGAACUCCAUGAUGUCCGAACUCAGAAACCGCUCCUCGCAUCUUGAAGAGGAGAAUAAGACUCUCAGAGAUAUGAUGGCAAAGCAAAACUUAGUCAUGUCCGAGGUACUGUCUAAGUUAGAAAAGGUUGAAUCGCAUGCUUUAGUUACUUCUCAGCAGAUAUCGGACUUAAAAUCUUCUUCGAUGAGUAAGACUCAAGUACCGGGAAGUGUACCGGUAGGUCUGAGUAGGGAGGGCACUGAAUCGAAAAGGGGUACUGAAGAUAAGUACAGCAGAGAGUCAAAUCAAAUUACUAGACAGAACUGUCAUAAUCUUACCUCGCAGAAAGGUUGUGUUUAUGUGAGUAUGUUGAAAGGACAGUGUUGCUCGCACCAAAGACCUGAAGUACCUGACGGAGAUCCAAACCCAAAACACCAAGGAACAGCGGGGAAGCUUAGUGAUGUAGGAACCAGAGACUCUGAAAAAGGUGAUACUGGUGACUCUGGGUCAGAGGAAGAGAAAGAUCAUGAGAAAUCAAAUAAGGAAAUGGAGGCAGAUAUGCUGAAGGCAAUAGAAAUCGAAGUUCAAAAGGCAGAAGCCCAAAGAACAAAAGAAGCUGAAGCAUCAAAGGCCAAGGAAGCCGAAGCAGUAAAAGCUAAAGAAUCUGAAGCAGAAAAGACCAAAGCUGCAGCAAUAAAGGCCAAUGAAGCCGAAGCAGUAAAAGCUAAAGAAUCUGAAGCAGAAAAGGCCAAAAAAGCUGCAGCAUUAAAGGCCAAGGAAGCCGAAGCAGUAAAAGCUAAAGAAUCUGAAGCAGAAAAGACCAAAGCUGCAGCAAUAAAGGCCAAUGAAGCCGAAGCAGUAAAAGCUAAAGAAUCUGAAGCAGAAAAGGCCAAAAAAGCUGCAGCAUUAAAGGCCAAGGAAGCCGAAGCAGUAAAAGCUAAAGAAUCUGAAGCAGAAAAGGCCAAAAAAGCUGCAGCAUUAAAGGCCAAGGAAGCCGAAGCAGUAAAAGCUAAAGAAACUGAAGCAGAAAUGACCAAAGCUGCAGCAUUAAAGGCCAAGGAAGCCGAAGCAGUAAAAGCUAAAGAAGCUGAAGCAGAAAAGACCAAAGAAGCUGCAGCAUUAAAGGCCAAGGAAGCCGAAGCAGUAAAAGCUAAAGAAUCUGAAGCAGAAAAGGCCAAAAAAGCUGCAGCAUUAAAGGCCAAGGAAGCCGAAGCAGUAAAAGCUAAAGAAGCUGAAGCAGAAAAGACCAAAGAAGCUGCAGCAUUAAAGGCCAAGGAAGCCGAAGCAAUAAAAGCUAAAGAAACUGAAGCAGAAAUGACCAAGGCUGCAGCAUUAAAGGCCAAGGAAGCCGAAGCAGUAAAAGCUAAAGAAACUGAAGCAGAAAUGACCAAAGCUGCAGCAUUAAAGGCCAAGGAAGCCGAAGCAGUAAAAGCUAAAGAAGCUGAAGCAGAAAAGACCAAAGAAGCUGCAGCAUUAAAGGCCAAGGAAGCCGAAGCAGUAAAAGGAGCUGAAGAUCUAAAGGCCAUGGAAGCACAGGCUGCAGCUGAAAAAGCUAAAGAAGUCGAAGCUGCAAAGGUGAGAGAAGCAAUAGCCGCAGCUCAAAAAGCCAGGGAAGCUGAAGCUCAAGAGGCAAAGGAAGCAUGGGUUAAAAAGGCGAGGGAGGCAGAGGAAAAAAAGACGAAGGACGCAGAAGCUAAAAAGACAAAAGAGGCUGAGGCGAAAAUGGCAGUAGACAAAACUGAUGAAAAUGCAAAGGAAGCUGAAGCGAAAAAGGCAAAGGACGCAGAGGCUAAGAAGACAAAGGAAGCUGAAACUGAAACGGCAAAGGAAGCUAAAGUUCAAAGGUUGAAGGAAGAUGAGGCCGACAAGGCUAAAGAAGCAAAGGCUCAGAGUGCAAAGGAAGCUGAAGCUCAAAUGGCAAAGAAAGCAGACGCUCAAAAGGCGAAGGAAGCUAAAAGUCAAAGGGCAAAGGAAGCCGAAGUUCAAAGGGCGAAGGAAGCUGAAGCCCAGAAGGCGAAUGAAGCCGAAACUCAAAAGGCAAGGGAAGGUAACGCUCAAAAGGAAGCAGGAGAGGCAGCAAAACCAUCCAAGGCGACCCCAACAAUAAACAGCCCUGCGUUUGUAAAUGGAAAACGAAUUCUUCUCUACAAGAAAGAACGUAUUUCAGGAGUGAAAGAUUGCUUCGCUCAUUUCGUCAAUGGUAGGAAAAGAGACAGUGGCUUCCAGAUCCAUCCACUGGGCCUGAACGGGCAGUCGGAGAAGGUCUGGUGUGAUAUGACGUCAGGCGGGUGGACCGUCAUCCAGAAACGGCAGUCCGGGACACUCGACUUCAAUAAAUUGUGGCAACAGUAUAAGGAGGGUUUCGGGGAUGUUUUCGGGGAACAUUGGAUAGGCAACGAUCUCAUCCACCUACUCACCAACCAGGAUAAGUACAGUCUCCGUAUCGAUAUGAUGGACUGGGAGCGUAAUAAAGUGUUCAUCCUGUACGAAGACUUCUGGAUAGACAGCGAGGCAGAGGGCUACCGGUUGCAUGUCGGCGGCUUCUCGGGGACAGUCGGAGACGCGCUUGCCAAACAUGAUGGGAAGAAGUUCUCCACGAAGGACGUUGAUAAUGACGAAGUUGGGUCUCAUGUUAAACAAUUUAAAGACUGGGAUGGGAGUUGCGCCAAGAGGUUCAGUGGUGCCUGGUGGUUUUAUAAGUGCUACCAAUCAAACUUGAAUGGGAAGUAUUAUCGGGGUGGCGAAGUUCCGGGUAAGAAAUUUGACGGCGUUGCAUGGAAGCCAUGGAAGGGUCCGAAGUAUUCUUUAAAGCGUGUCGAGAUGAAAAUUCGACCGAAAGACGCCAGUGAAGUGAUUCUGCGGUGAUGACUGUAAAGACUCUUCAAUUUUAGUGCAGGAUGAAACGGGGUCCAAUGCGAUCGUCGGCCAACGUGAGCCUCCACUAAGCGUCCCGCAAACGAGCGAUUUUCUCGAUUAGUACUGGAUAAAGAU